GCAUAUGGACAGGACUGGGCUGAUAGCAGUGAUCGCUGCUUUCUUAGAAAGAACAUAAACUAAAUAUCAGUCACUGGAAAAUGUUGCUGGUUCCAACUCAAUGUAUUGUGAAGGUCCUAUCCUAUUUCAUGUAAGAAUUUCUCAAGUACUAGGGUGUGCUGUAUGGUACUUUUUUGUGAAGUGCCAAUUUCCUAAACUGUUCUCAACGAGGCCUAUCCAAGUACCAGGACACUUUAUUAUUUAUCAUAUUUAUUUAUUUUUAUUGUUAAAAAUACCAUUUUUAAUAUGGAGGACUGUGUGGAGUCACGACUUCUGUGUUCUAUUCCUAGCUCUCCCACAGACUUGCUGUGUGACCUUAUGGAAGUAACUGGUCUGUACCUCAGUUUCCACAUCUAUAAGAGGUGGAAUAGUGCUCAGCUAAUGUUUCUAAAGUGAUUUGAAAUCACAGAGAGAAAGCAGAAUCAUCUCAAGUCAUAAACAUCACAAAAUAAUUUGAUUUAUUAAAACUAAUUUGGUUCUGGAGUUGGCCUCUGCAUAUUUCUUAUUAUGAGAUGAACCAGCUGGCACAGUUGAGCUUCAGAAAUCUGCUGGAAAGCAGCAUCAACUGGGAUUCCUCAAACACCCUCUCACAGCUGUGAAUAUUUGGAUCUGAGGAUAUAAAAGGGCUAUGUAGAGCUAACUACUUCAGUUCUUUUCUUACCACAGCCAGUCAAGUUCAAUAUACAUAUAAAUAAAAAGAAAACAAGGGAAGAAGAAUUGGGACUGCUAAGCAGUAAAGAUGGGGUGGAGAUCAGUCUAGGAAUGGUCCAACACCUAAAUAAAUACUUCCUCAGUUUUUAAUAAGUGUAAAGAGGAGUUUAGGGAUAGUGGCAGAGUGGUUAAUGGAAACUACUAUAUCCAAGGGGGAAGUCAAACACAAUCUGCUUAAUGGGACUAAAUCAGGAGCCCUGGAUAAUUUCCAUCCAAGAAUAUUAAAGGAUCUGGCACAUGAAAUUGCAAGCCCAAUAGCAAGGAUUUUUUAAUGAAUUUGUAAGCUUGGGUGUUGUACUCGCUGACUUUAGGAUUGCUAAUAUAGGAUCUGUUUUUAGGAAAGGAGGGGAAAAAGUGAUCUGGGAAACUACAGGCCUGUUGAAAGACAAAAUAGUUAAGGACAUAGAGAUAAGCGGGAAUAGGGAUAAAAUACAACAUGAUUUUACAAAAGGUAGAUUGUGUCAGGCCAACCUGAUCUUUUUCUUUGAGGAGAUAACUGAUUUUUUAGACAAAGGGAAUAAGUAGAUCUAAUCUGCUUGGAUUUCAGUAAGGAACUUUAAUACAGUUCCACAUGGGAAAUUAUUAGUUAAAUUGAAGAAGAUGGGGAUUGAUAUGAGAAUUGAAAGGUAGAUAAGGAAUUGGUUAAAGGAGUGAGGGUAACUAUAGCAAGUCAUAGUGAAAGGUGAACUAUCAGACUGGAGGGAGGUCACUAGUGGAGUUCCUCAGGGAUCUGUCCUGGGCUCAGUCUUACUUAACAUUUUUGUUAAUGAUCUUGGCAUAAAAAGUGGGAGUGUGCUAAUAAAAUCUGUGGAUGACACAAAGUUGGGAGGUAUUGCCAAUACAGAGGAGGACUGGAAUAUCAAAAAAGAAGAUCUGGACAACCUUGAAAACUGGAGUAAUAAAAAUGGGAUGAAAUUUAAUAACACAAAUUACAAGGUCAUGCAUUUAGGGACUAAAAAGAUUUUUUGCUAUAAACUGGGGAUUUAUCUGUUGGAAGCAACAGAGGAGGAGAAAAACCUGGGUGUAUUAACUGAUCACAAGAUGACUGAGCUGCCAGUGUGAUUAAGACAUGAAAAAGUCUAAUGCAGUCCCUAAGAAUCAUCAGGUGAGGUAUUUCCAGUAGAGAUAGGGAAGUGUUUGUACAAUUAAACAAGGCAUUGGUGAGACCUCAUCUGGAAUAAUGUGCAAUUCUGUUCUUCCAAGUUUAAGAAAGAAUUCAGACUGAAACAGGUGCAAAGAAGGGCUACUAGGAUGAUCCAAGGAGUGGAAAACCUACCUAAUGAGAGGAGACUCAAAGAGCUUGGCUUCUUUAGCUUAACCAAAUGAAGGCUGAUGGGAGAUAUGAUUGCUUUCUGUAAAUAUCAGGGAGGGAUAGGAGUUAUUUAAAUUAAGCCCCAGUGUUGAUACAAGAACAAAUUGAUAUAAACUGAUCACCUACAAGUUUAUGCUUGAAAUUAGACAAAGGUUUCAAGCCAUCAGAGGAGUGAAAUUCUGCAACAGCCUUCCAAAGGGAGCAGUGGUGGCAAAAAACCUAACUGGCUUCAACACUGAACUAGAUAUGUUUAUGGAGGGGAUGGUAUGAUGACUGCCAAUAAUGGCAUGUAGCCAAACUGCGACUGCUAGUAGCAAAUAUCCCUAGUGGCUGGUGAUGAGACACUAGAUGGGUAGGGCACUGAGAAACUACAGAAAAUUCUUUCCCAGGCAUCUUGCUGGGUUCACAGAGUCCUAGAGCCUGGGCUCCACCCCGAGUCCAGGUUUCUACACAGUAAUUCAACAGCCCUUUAGUCUGAGCCUUACAAGCCCAAAUCUACUGGCAUGGGAGGUGGGGGUCCGUUAGCACCCCUGCAGUCACUGGCCAAACAACAAGCUGUAACCCACUAACUCCCUCUCCUUUUUCCUAUGACUGCAGCCGUGUUAAUGGGCCACUCUGCCUUCAAUGGUCCCUUACAAUAACUACUUAUGUUAAAUAAUCUGUUCCACCUUGCAUUUUGCAACUUGCAAGCUCUGUGUGGCUCAAAAACUUGUCUCUCUCACCCACAGAAGUUGGUCCAAUAAAAUAUAUUACCUCACCCAACUUGUCUCUCUAAUAUCCUGAGGUCCAUACGGCUACAAACUAUACAUGUUCCUGCAUCAAACAGUUAUCAAUGAAAAUAAGUGAGCAGUCCCAGUCUAAAUGGUCAUGUGAUGUCAUUUGUGAUGAUGUCAUAAGAACUAAAGUAACAAUGAGAGAAAUUCUGGAAGUUUGAAUUUGUGCACUGACUAGCAACCACUUUCAAUGUUUCAUCACUUCGGCAAACCUGGAGAAGGGUUCCAAGUGCCGAUUCCGUCACUGUGAAAAAGCCCUUGGCAGUGAGAUUGUAUGCUCGUUAUGGAGAGAGGGAAGAUGUUCACAUCAGCUUUGCCGUUUUAGACAUAUGGAAAUACAGCAAAAAUACAACAGAAUCUCGUGUUUCUGGGAAACACAGCCUUUAGGCUGUGUGAGGAUCAGUUGUGUCUUCCAUCAUAGCAAACCUCGUAAUAUAAAUGGACUUUUUUUGCCACCUAGUAGCAAUGCCACACUCCAAAAGGAAGUUCAAGAAGGAACUCUGCAUCCUGCCCACGCUCAAGAACCCCUAAAAGGUCAAGAAAGCAUUUUAAGACCCAUUCAUCCUCCACUGAUCAUAAACAUCAGCCUGGAGGAGGAAGAGGACGAGGAAGAAGAGGAGAACUAUGCCUCUUAUUUAUUGACAAAGACUCCGGCAGACAUUGAGGAAGAAAAAGCAAUAAAGGAGAUGUGUUAUAAAUCUGGAGAAUAUUACAGAAUUCAGACUCCUCAGGAGAACCAGUCAGCAAAAAUCAUGUCUUCAACACUGGAUAAUGAGCUAUUGAAACCCAUGGAAACUGGCAGAGACUUACAGGAAGGUGAUAGUGUUACAGUUCCAACAAAGUUUAAUAUUAUAGAAAGACAAGGAGAGGUAACAGCAUCAUUAGAUGGUAACACCAGGGCUGAUCUUGGAGCCUUUGAAAAUGGAGGAGGUGAUUGUUACGUACCACAAAGGAGCAUAUUUGUUGGAGGGAAGCAAAGUGAAAUAUUAACUGGAGAAAAAGAAUUAAUUACGUCCAGACGUUCAGAUGUGAAAGCAAUGAGUCACACUGAGCCAGUAAAGAAGCGUCACUUUAAAGGAGUGAAGAAAAAGAAAUGGAUUUCUGAAGAACCAAAAAACUCAUUCAGCAUGUUUGCAGGCAAAGCAAUGCAUGCUUCAAACCCAAAAAGUAAAGCAAAUUGCCAACAAAAUGAUCAAAACAAGGAUGCUGAAAAUACUUGUUCUGUUCCAUCUCAAAGAGCCACUGGGAGAAGCAUUUCCUUGAAUUCUCCAGAACCUGGAAGAUCAACAAACAUGACCUACAGUAAUGUCAGUGUUACCAAAGAAUCCAAGCUGAAUCCGUCUACAGACAAAUGGACUGCAGUAUCCUAUAAUUCACCAACAUGGAGAAAAAGAAGCCCACAUACAAAAGCAUACUCUAAAUCUGAAAAAAUCCAUUCAGAUCCAAAAAGAAAUGGAAGCAAGUAAAAAAAAGAAAGAAAGAGUCUUCGAGAAAAUAAAGAAGUGAAGCACAAUCCAUCAUACAAUUUACAAUAAAAAAUGAUAAAAAUGCAAAUUCAAGGAAUGAGAUUAUCACAUGCUUCACACUAGAGAUUCAAAGAUGAUAAAAUGCAAAUUCUGAAGUAAGAUGCAAGAAGUGUACACUGUGUGGUUUCAAAACUGAUAAAAAUGCAAAUU